GUGACUAGCCUUGCGGUACGGCUACUCGAGGGUCCGCGACCGUUUUUUUCUUGUGUGUUGAAAAUGGAAUGAAUUAGCUGACAUGAUCAUCUACCCCGCAUCAAACAUCCGUGGCUGCUUGCUGUCCGCGGUACGACAAUGUAUCCUAAACUGAGCUAUUUUUAGACUUGUCCUAUUUUAUCGAAGCUAAAGUUAACCAUUAUGGUGAUAAUUUCAAUUACUUUAAAGUUCGGUGGCUUCAACAAUAUUUGUGUUUAAAACAAUUGAAUCAAAUGAGCAGUUUUUAACAACAAAGUUUAAGAUCUUUUUUAUUCCUGUUAGAAUUGAAUAGGAGGGAAAAGUUGCUCUGCUAUUUAAUGAAAAGGCUCGUGGCGAUCUAGCUGUGUUUUAUAGAUCUGGAACUGUGUUGAGAAUUUUAAACAAUUUUCAUGCGAACAAAAAAAUUUCAAAUAAGCUGCAUAUAUAAUGUAACGCUGGGACGCGAUUAGUGCUGAGUUGGGCUGAUAUACAGGAUACACUAAAGAUGUACAUCCAACAAAUAUAACAGGAGACACAAUAUAACAGGAGACACAAUAUAACAGGAGACACAAUAUAACAGGAGACACAAGUGACGUCACCUAAAUAUCUGAGACAGGCUCCUCCAAUCCCGCCCCCACCCCACCCCCACCAUGGCACUAGAACUAAACAUCAGCGCCCAGGACGCCCUAGUCCUGAUGCCACCCACCAGACAAGCUGUCAUUGAAAUUGAGACCAACUCUAUGCCCGGAUAUGACGUGGACCUAUUUAAGACGGUCAAUGACACUGUCGAGUUAAGCAGUUCCGAUGGGAAUGGGACCAAUAGAAGCGGUGGAAUUGAUCAUGAGCUACAGAAGCUGGAGAUAGCAGUCCAGGCCUUGAUUCUGUAUAUGGCGCUGUUUGGGAACGGGGUUGUCCUACUGGUUCUCAAACUGCGCAGACAGAAGUUGUCCCGUAUGCAGUGGUUCAUCGCUCACUUGGCAGUGACGGACAUCUUUGUGGCCAUCUCAAACACCAUGACCCACCUCAUUGAGGAGAUCACCGGAGACUUCCGGGGCAAUGACUUUCUGUGUAAACUGGUCAAAUAUUCGCAGGUGAUUGCGUUUUUCGCCUCCUCCUAUGUGCUGGUGAUGACGGCCAUUGACCGGUACCUGUCCAUCUGUCACCCACUGACCAGUCAGAUCAUGACGCCCAAACGUGUUCACCUCAUGAUCGCACUAGCCUGGCUCCUCUCACUGCUCUUUGCUAUCCCACAGCUCUUCUUGUUUCAGUUAAAGCUAGAGACAGAAGGAAAUUAUUCUGGCUGGUACCUGUGUCAGGAGACCAUGUCUGAGACGUCAUUGACAGCCUACGUCACCUGGAUGUUUCUCUCUGUCUACGUCAUACCUUCUCUUCUGCUGGCCUUCUGCUACGGCAAGAUCUGUCACGUGGUCUGGCUCAGUGUUGGCUCGAAGGAAACAGCUUCAUACAGUUCUGUCCGCCAAUGCGGGCACCACAAGAGCGCCAAAGAGUUCAGGAUGAGGGUGUCGUUUAGGCCUCAGAGGGACGGCGCCAACGGCUCUCUGGGACCACGUGACCGCCUGGACCAAUCAUCUGUCGACAAGAAACCACGUGGUCACCAGCGGGGCGUGUCCAAGUCCAAGAUGAAGACGGUCAAGCUGACCUUGUCUGUAGUCCUGUGCUACCUGUUCUGCUUGUCGCCCUUCUACAUCUGCAACAUCCUGACUGUCUACACCACCGCCGUGGACUUUGAGCAUCCUGUCGUCGUUAUAUCAAUGCUCCUGCCCUCACUCAACAGCUGCACCAACCCUUGGAUCUAUCUGGCUUUCUCCGGACGCUCCUGCCCUUGGACCCGCUCCAACCGGAAGCAGUCACGGAGCUGGGCGCCGUCCACCAACGUCACAUCCGGUGCCGACAGCCUGGAGUCCAAAACUCGCUCGUCUUUCAUCGACAUGGCACACACCAACUCGCGACACACCAGCCCUCGACCUGACGACAAGAAACUCCACCACAGUAAAUGCUGAAUGUCCUUGAUAGAUGUAUGGUGGUAAAUUGGUACACGUUUGGUGGUAAAUUGGUACACGUUUGGUGGUAAAUUGGUACACGUUUGGUGGUAAAUUGGUACACGUUUGGUGGUAAAUUGGUACA